GUUCAAGAAGGACAAUCAUCACUGCAGCCCUCCACUGAUCUGGGCUUUUUGGCAGAGUGUUUUUAGGGGAAAUUCUCCAAGUACCAACAUGGCAGCCAGUGUUGUACAGCAGCGGUUCUCAGAUGGUGGUUCAGGACACAAAAGUGGGCCGUGGAGCUGCUUUCAGUGGGCGGUGAAUCGUCUCUUGCCUACAAUAGCGUAGUGGCGAGAUCCGCACAUUGCAGAAUUCCAUUGAUUGGGGGAGAGAGAGCCGAAGAGAAAACAGGAUCAAAGUUCGCGGACAUGCUGCGGCAAUCAGGUUCGCAGUGAAAAGUCGGGGGGAAAAAAAGUCCGGCCGUGCUCUGUGGACAGAAGAAUGAAGCGCCCAGGAACUUUUUUCAGGUCUGGAAGAGUCGUACCCUUGUGAUUGUGUGCCUUCAUGUGGGGUUCAGGGAGGGUUGGUUGCAAGACAAGACCAAUCAUUUGUCUUGAUUCUCUGGGCUGAGAGCAGGCAAUCUGAGGGGGACGGGACGAGCAAAACCCUCCAUCAAGACCUGAUCUAUUUCCCAAAACAAUUCAGUGUAUUCAUGAGGUUACGCAAAUGUGGAGGCAGCAAAACUACCGUAAUCAAUUGAAACAGCGAGUGCGCAUCCAUGCCUCUGAUUAUUUGGAGAUCAUCUAUCAGCCUGGUGUCUAUGUAACGAGGAAAGGGGGGCACUGAAUUGCUGUUGAGUUUCAUUGAGAAGUCCAUGAUCAUUGGGCAGCGGAGUUUGGUCAGUGAUAAUAGGGCUCCUUGGGCUCCGACGGAACUAUUCCAGCAAACAUUAGAUAGCUGACCCUGCCCUGCUGAAAGGUACUGUUUUGAAACUAAAACCCACACUGUCCACACCAUCUGGUGCGCCGUGUUCUGCGUAAUCUCCUUUUUGUCACCUGACAAAGGAAAAAAGAGGCGGACAAGCUGCAGGUCCAAGAGGAUAAACUGAGCAUGGAGGUCAGGUACAACCAAGAGACGGAUGCGAUGGGGCUGAAGAAUGGACUAAAGAAGGGGAAAGAUGACAAGGAGUCCCAGGGCAGCCUGUCCAAAAGCUUCCUGAAGGAGCAGCAGGACUCUUUCUCCGCCUCUGGGACCGUGGACAACUGCGAGAAAAACAGGGGGAGCACGGGGGACCCGGACUACUGCCGGAGGAUACUCGUCCGAGAUGCUAAAGGAUCUAUCAGAGAGAUAAUCCUCCCGAAAGGCUUGGAUCUGGACCGCCCUAAGCGGACUCGCACGUCCUUCACUGCAGAGCAACUUUACCGGCUGGAGAUGGAGUUUCAGAGGUGUCAGUACGUGGUGGGGAGGGAACGCACAGAGCUGGCCCGUCAGCUUAACCUGUCUGAGACCCAGGUCAAAGUCUGGUUCCAGAACCGACGCACUAAGCAGAAGAAGGACCAGGGGAAGGACUCGGAGCUGCGUUCUGUGGUUUCAGAAACAGCGGCGACCUGCAGCGUGCUCAGACUGCUGGAGCAGGGCAGGCUGCUGACCCCGCCGGGCCUUCCAGGCCUUCUGCCCCACUGCGGCAGCGGCACGCUGGGCUCGGCCCUGCGCCCUCCUUCCAUGGCCAUGGCCAGCAACGGCAGCAGUAGCAGCAGCAGCGGCAGCACCGGCACGGCGGGUGGCAGCCCUCCUCUGCCGGUUGUCACCAGCUCAGGGACGGUGUCGGGCCUGCAGAGCUCGCCGGCGGCUCACGGCCUCUUCAGUUUCCCCAUGCCCUCCUUACUUGGCGGCGUCGCUACCCGUAUUUCCUCCAACCCGCUGUCCAUGGCUGGCUCCCUGGCUGGAAACCUGCAGGAACUCUCAGCGCGCUACCUGAGCUCCUCUGCUUUUGAGCCUUACUCGCGGACCAAUGGCAAAGAAUCCAUGGACAAGAAAAUCCUGGAAUGAUGCCUUUUUCUUAAAUGGAAAAACUGUUUCUUGAAGACAUAUUUUGGUUGAUUUCUUGGCUUUUUUCUGUCUUUGUUCUGCCCGUUCUGUCAUCAUGUUUGUGUCAUGUUCUGUAGCAGUUCAUGUAUUCUGGUUGCACAUCUGGCGCCUUGUACAAGGAAGAAAACAAAGACCUACAAAAGCUCAUCUAACAAAGACGGGGUGCGUGUUUGUGCGUGCGUGUGUGGCUGUGAGUGUAGUGUGGGUUGUGGGGGUUGAAAAGAUUUUGCACAAAAUGUUCAUAUAGGAUUUAGUUACAGAGAGCCACUCUGAGGAGAUUCUUCAGGUUUCUGUUAAAUAUUUACUCUUAUUGAUUCCUCCAGAUAACAAAUAUUCAUGGGGCUCGGGGGAGAAUAUGGCCGCCUUUAGACAACACAGGCUCUAUCCCUGCAGGACAAGAAGUAUGUAGUGCUUGGCAGGAAGUAUAGGAUUGAUGACAAAGUGCGGAGGGAUGUCGCCUUUCUGGAUUGUGUUUAAUGAUUUGAUUGUUUUAGAUGAUGGCAGUCACUGCUGAGAGUAGAUUUAGAGGAAGGGAGAUGCCUGAGCAGCACUGGGCGAGAUCCAAUCAGCAAAUAAUGCAGCGUUAUGAAUGGACAGGCAAGGCCGAUUUUAGAAUUUAGGGAGGAAAAGAUGUGCAUGGGUUUGAAGGUAACUGCAAGGCCAGUGUGAGCACCAUACAUCUGAUAUGUGAAUGCAAAUGCCUCUUUUGUGUUACAAACCAAAACAUGAUCCAGCUGCAGAAGGUGUUGUCAUGACGGUCUAAUUGUUUGGUGUUUUUUUCUUUACGGUUUAGUGGGGGAUUUUUUAACAUUUACUACAAAACUCUUCACUUUGUGGCAUUUUUGUCCCACCCACCUUUUACUGUCUGUGAUUUUAAAUCACUGUGAGUUCUCAGAGUUUUUGCGUACACUUUUUAUUCCCUGCCGCAGCCAGGCACAGCGCUGAAAUUACUUAAAGGAGGGAGUUUGUAAGAAAAGCUUUUCAGCUUUACAAAGCUGAUUUCUUUGUCGGACACUACAAGGUAACAGGUUUUCAGUAAAUCAGACGAUAUAAUAAGCUUUCCUCCCGUGUGACAUUUUCUGAAAUCCACGACCUUCAUAAAAGAUGUAGGCAGACUGAUGCAUGUGGAGACUGAAUGGAAUUAUUGUAGUAUAAAAGUACUGGAAUUGAAAAAUGUACCUUUAAAUUGUUAUUUUAUUGUAAAUUAUUCACUGAUGUAAUUAAUAGAUUAUUAGUCUAUCUGGAAAAUACUGAAUGAAUGAAUGUACUAGC